AUGUUUGCGAUGCCGUGUCUGGUGUUCGCACAGACCCUUACCAUCACUUAUGACAACCACAGGACACGAACCAUAUGUCUACUCGAAUGGCCCGACGGUCUGUCUGGACAGUCGAGACUGGAUUUCAUUUAUAACAUCGUGUUCCUAUUGCUGACAUACAUAGUGCCGGUGACCACCAUGGUCAUCGCAUACUCACUCAUGGCUAGGGUGUUAUGGGGCUCACAGGGCAUAGGGGAGGGCGACGCCAACUCAUCCCAACAGCACUCCAUCACUCAAUCCAAACAACAAGUCGUUCGGAUGCUUAUAUGCGUGGUGUCCGUGUUUGGUAUCUGUAAGUACUAUGUAUUCAAGAAUCCCAAAACUAUAAAGUUGGCUGCCAUAUCACGCAUUUCGUCGAUAUUCAAAGAAAUACUUAUCUCUCAUAUGUAUAACAAAAAGACAACUAAAUUCCGAGUACUCGACGAAUACAACACCAAACAAACGAGUUCCCAAUACUCGUGAUAAUCUGAAUCCACAAGUCGCUCAUCUC